AUGUCCAACGAACGCGAAGAUAAGGUCUACAUGGCCAAGAUUGCCGAGCAGGCUGAACGCUACGAUGAAAUGGUUAACUACAUGAAGGAAGUUGCCAAGAUGGGUGUCGAUUUGUCGGUUGAAGAGCGUAACCUCUUGUCGGUCGCGUACAAGAACGUGAUUGGUGCACGUCGUGCUUCCUGGCGAAUUGUCUCGUCCAUUGAGCAAAAGGAAGAAAGCAAAGGUCACGAAGCUCAAGUUGCCAAGAUCAAGGAAUACCGCAACAAGGUUGAAAAGGAGCUCUAUGAAGUCUGCAACGACAUUUUGAACCUUCUCUCCGAGUUCUUGAUUCCCUCUGCCUCUGAAGGUGAAGCCAAGGUCUUUUAUUACAAGAUGAAGGGCGACUAUCAUCGUUACGUCGCCGAGUAUGCCACUGGUGAGGAGCGUAAAUCCGCUGCAUCAGCUGCCCACGAGGCCUACAAGACCGCGACAGAUGUUGCUCAAGUCGACCUUGCUACCACUCACCCCAUCCGAUUGGGCCUGGCUCUUAACUUCUCCGUCUUUUACUAUGAGAUCCUCAACUCACCUGAUCGUGCUUGUCACUUGGCUAAGCAAGCUUUCGAUGAUGCCAUUGCCGAACUUGACACUCUCAGCGAAGAGUCUUACAAGGAUUCCACUCUUAUCAUGCAGCUGCUGAGAGACAACUUGACUCUUUGGACCUCAGAUUUGCAAGAAGGCAAGUAUACACAGGGUGACAAGGCUGACAAGCCAAAGGAAGAAGAGACCCAAGAGUAA